AUGGCACAAGUUCCUCCGCCAUCUUAUUUGACCUACAUCCCGCCGGCUGCACCUUUGCCUUCUUGGCUGAAGUAUACCUCCUCGCCCAUCGCAACAUCGACGCUGUAUUACACGGUCGAAACUCUGCUGGACGGAACGCCGACGGUGCGAUCGGGCGCGGUCGUCGUGACAAAGUAUUUGACUCAAAUCAUUCAACUUCCAUUAACUGUGGAUGUACCUUAUAAAGUCGCGGCUCCCUACACGAAUGCCGGAGGAACGGGUCCUACGGUGGUCAGCAUCCUUGGUGCGACGGGGUCAGGGGCCACUUUUAUUCUCGCCGCCUCGAUGGUCAGCGCGACUACGCCGACUGCUGCGCCCUUCCCCACACCAGCAGCUGCGCCCCAGGGUAAGUUUCACAUGAGCGCGUUUUCUUUCCGAAAUUUUCAAAGCCGCUGACUCAUCUGCUUUGCACGUGAGCAGAACCCGCGACCACGGCACAGCCCGUUUCCGCGCCCACCGGGGAUGCGACCCCUUCCGCGUCUAGCUUCAACAACGUGUCCGUGUCCGUCUCUAGUGCCACUGACGGGGCAGCCAUCGAUCCUUCUUCGGCCAGCAAUACUUUACCGGCUCCUCCGACUUCAACUAUUCCAGAGGUGGAUUCUGCAGCGUUUCCAGCCACUGCGGCGCAGUCGGCUACUCCAAAUUCCGAUUCUGCUUCAUCUCCAGCCACUCCGCAGCCAGGUAGGUUCACAUCUCGAAGAAACAUGCGAGGUUCUGGGUACUAA